GAUGAUAUUUUGAAGGAGAGAACAAACCCCACCCAAAACCCUCACACUCUUUUGCUAUAUUCACUUCUAUUCUAUUUUCUCUGUUUUUCAGUUCUUUUCCUUCCAUUCUGUUCCUUCUCUACUUAUACAUAUGCAUUUUGGUGUAUCUAUAUAUGUGUAUAUGCAUAUAAUUUGACCAUGGCUCUAGUUCCCAGCCACCAGUUCUAUCCCAGAACCACAAGGCUAUCAUUCCUCAGGUAUAGUUCAUCCAAACCUUUCAAGAAACCAAAUUUUCAUGCCCCACAUGAUAUUGUCAAUCAAGAUUGUAUUUUUAAGCAAAACCCACCAAAAAGAUCAAAUUUUAUGAUUACUCCGCAUGAUGUUGUCAAUCAAGAUUGUAUUUUUAGAAGAACCCCAUCAAAAAGAUCAAAUUUUGUGGUGAAAAACAGCAGCAGAAGAUGGAAUUUGGAUACAAUAUCACCCAAUUUGAAGUCUAGAGAUAGUGGUACUAGUGUAUUUAGUAGUUCUUGGUUAGGUAAAUGGAAUGAAACCCAUAAUGAUAUUAAGCUGAAAAAGGCCCAAAUUGUGUUGAAUUAUAGGAAUAGUAAUGGGGAUACAUCUGGUUCUGACUGUGAAGAAAGUAUUAGUGGUAGUACAAUGGAUAGAAUUGUUGAGAAAUUGAAGAAAUUUGGGUAUGCUGAUGAGGCUACAGAGAAGGAGAAGAAGGAAAAGAGAGUUGUUGAGAAAGGGUCUAUUGAGGAUAUAUUUUUUGUUGAAGAAGGAAUAUUGCCAAAUGUAAGAGGUGGGUUUUCUGAAGAAUCUCCAUUUGGGGAUGAGAAUGUAAUUGCCAAAGAUGGUGUAGUUAGAUUUCCAUGGGAAAAGCCAUUGGUGAAGAAAGAGGAGAGUAAUUCAAUGGCUAGUAGGAGUAGGACUCAUUUGGCUGAGCUGACACUUCCUGCUUCUGAGCUCAGACGGUUGACGAAUUUGGCUCUUAGGAUAAAGAACAAGUCGAGAAUUACUGGUGCUGGUGUUACACAACAAGUUGUAGAAACCAUUCACGAGAAGUGGAAAACAUCUGAGGUUGUCAGGUUGAAAGUUGAAGGUGCUCCUGCACUAAAUAUGAAGAGAAUGCAUGAGAUUCUAGAGAGGAAAAGUGGUGGACUGGUGAUUUGGAGAUCUGGCACUUCUGUGGCUCUUUACAGAGGUGUCAGUUACGAGACUCCAUCUGAGGGAAUGAAGAAGAGGAUAAUGAGAAGAGAUGAGAUUCGUCAUAAGAACUCUCCAAUAGUUGAUGGCGAAAGUAAUCAGAAUCCUCGCAAUGAUGUGGAUUCCCUCCAAGAAGACUCUGUAGAUACUUCUGAAGAGAACAAAAAUAUUGAUAGACAAUCAGAAGUGAACUAUGAAGAUGAAGUAGACAAACUGUUAGAUGGCUUGGGGCCUAGGUAUACAGAUUGGCCAGGAUCCGGUCCACUUCCUGUAGAUGCAGAUUUACUUCCAGGUAUAGUCCCUGGAUAUCAACCUCCUUUCAGAAUUCUUCCAUAUGGGGUGAGAUCUACUCUUGCGGCAAGAGAAGCAACUGCUUUAAGAAGGCUUGCCAGAGUUCUACCUCCACAUUUUGCUUUAGGUAGAAGCAGGCAGCAUCAAGGUUUGGCCUCAGUCAUGGUUAAGCUGUGGCAACGAAGUUCAAUUGCAAAGAUUGCUAUAAAACGUGGUGUUCAGCUUACAACAAGUGAGAGAAUGGCUGAGGAUAUUAAGAAAUUAACAGGGGGUAUGCUACUAUCUAGAAACAAGGACUUCUUGGUAUUCUACAGAGGGAAAGAUUUUUUGUCACCAGAGGUUGCAGAAGCCUUGUUAGAGAAGGAGAGAUUGGCAAAGACCUUGCAAGAUGAAGAAGAGAAAGCUAGGCUACGAGCAUCACUCUUACUCACAGCAGGUGUUACAACAAUUAAUUCUUCAAGGACUGCUGGCACACUAGGAGAAACUUUGGAUGCUGAUGCUAGAUGGGGGAAAAGGCUGGAUGAUAAGGACAAGGAGAAUGUGAUGCGAGAAGCAGAACUAUUAAGGCAUGGUGACCUGGUCAGGAAGCUUGAAAAGAAACUUGCAUUUGCUGAAAGAAAGUUAAUGAAAGCUGAGCGUGUCUUGUCAAAGGUGGAGGAAACUUUAAAUCCUUUGGAUAGGCGUGCAGAGCCUGAUAGCUUAACAGAUGAGGAGAGAUUUAUGUUUCGGAAGCUUGGGCUAAGGAUGAAAGCUUUCUUACUUUUAGGUAGACGUGGAAUUUUUGAUGGUACGGUGGAGAAUAUGCACUUGCAUUGGAAGUACCGUGAAUUGGUUAAAAUCAUGGUGAAGGCCAAGAAUUUCGAACAAGUAUCAAAAAUUGCACUAGCCCUUGAAGCAGAGAGUGGAGGUGUCUUGGUUUCAGUGGACAAAGUGUCCAAAGGAUAUGCUAUAAUUGUGUUCCGUGGUAAGGACUACAGUCGACCACCUACUCUUAGGCCCAAAAAUCUUUUAACCAAAAGAAAGGCACUGGCACGUUCAAUAGAGCUUCAGAGACGUGAGGCUCUUCUGGAACAUAUUUCGGCAGUUCAAACAAGAGUUGGACAGCUUACAGCAGAAAUUGAACAACUGGCUAGUCUGAAAGACUCUACGGAUGAUGAACUAUAUGAUAAGUUAAGUUCUGCUUAUUCUUCUGAAGACGAGGAUAGUGAGGAGGAAGGGGAUGAUGCAUACAUAGAGGUUUUUGACAAUGAUAACGAUGUUGUCAAUCGUAGUGAUGAUUCAGACGAUAUUUCACAUCCAGAAAGAGAGUUCCAGUAUGUUCAUCAAAAUGAAUCAGAAAGAGAGCUUGUUUGAGUAAAACACUGUUCUUGACACUCUCCAAGGCAUGUCGUGGCUUGUUUGUACAAUCGAGGAAGUUGAAG